CCAGCGCUCAGUUCGUGGGCGCCUGCGCGCAUGUGCAGUCAGAGAUUCAGAUAUAAAGAUACAGAUAUAUUCGUCGGACCGCUUGGCAGUCGCGCGAUCCAGAGAUAUAUAUUUUUUGCGAGCAGUGUGUGCAGCAUCAUCCCAGUCGGAGCCAUAAAAGUGAAAACGAGCAGUGACAAAAAAUAAUACAAAAAUAAAAUAAAAUUUAUAUAUAAAAAAAGUAAAGAAAAGAGUGCCUAAAAUCCCCACAUCACAAUCAUAUCUUUUAUUUCGUUUUUGUUCGAGUGCUGACCACAAGUGUUGUUGAUCUUCGGGAUUCUAAAGAAUUUCAGGUAGUGACAGUCUUACCUGCCUGAGGAGGUCCAGAGAUCGAGGAAUCGAUCAUCGCACAGCAUCGGUCAUCAGGGUGCACACACACCCUGAGUUUUCCCGGGAAAUGACACACCAGAAAAUGGCUCUCCAAAGGCGACCGGCGCUGGCCAUGAUCCUGGCCUCCUGGCUGGUGGUGUCUACAGCGGCAGUUGGACCUGGAACAGGAGCUGGCAGACACCUGCUGCCCGCCCAGCCGGCGGAUCACCUUGUGCCGCCACCACUGCCCGUGCCCCAGAGGUUGCAGCAUGCGGGAGCCGGAUCUCCAGCGGCUCCGCCCAGCUCUGCUCCGGUUGUGGUGCCGCCGGAACCAGGUCUGAUGAAUCGCUUUGCCAGGUGGCUGGGCCUGGGCGGCAGCAGCAGCAGUAGCGGCAGCCAGUCGAAGGACCAGCAGUCUGGGGCCAGCAACUCCCUAAGCUAUGCCUACCCGAAGCCACACCAGGGCUUCGAUGCGGGGGGCAAGCCCUGCAGCCUGUGCAACAAGUAUCCCUGGGUGCCUAUGGUGGGUCAGGGUCAGCAACAGCAGCAGCAGCAGCAGCAGCAUGCCGCCUUGCAGGUGCAGCAGCAGCAACUGCAGCAUCUGCCACAGCAGCAUGCCGCCUGGCAACAGCCUCAGCAGCCACAGGCCCAGGCCUCGCAGCAGCGCCAGCGAGCGGUGCAGUUCCAACCCAGUGUACAUUCCAAUAUCCUUAACAAUCCCAAUCCCGUCCAGGGUGUGUUCCUGCCGCUGGCGGUGCCCCUGCCGCCGCUGUACAAUGCCCAGCCUUUUAGGCCCAUGAAUCCAACGCCUUUGAGGGAGAAUGUAGUGGCCCAGUCGGAGGUGAGGCCAGUGCCCGUCUCCUUGCCUCAUCCCCACAAGCAGCAGCAGCAUCAGCAGCAUCAGCAGCAGCAGCAUCAGCAGCAUCAGCAGCAGUCCAGCAGCAGCACCUCCAGCUUCGAGAUUGUGCCCAGCCACCAGGUCACGGACUUUGUGACCUCCGUGGAGUACCCAGCCACCUUUGUCCAGUCGCAUGCCAUUGAUCUGGGCCUUACAGGUCAGGGUCAGGAGCAGCAGGUGGUUCCAACCGAGCAGGACAUCAGCACAGUGCGCUAUCAGCUGGAGGAUCUGAGCAGUGGCCAGGUGCAUCAGCAUCUGCCCGCCUCGCAGCUGCUAACUGAGCUGGGACACUUUGUGGAGACCACAACGCAGCUGCCGCCGGCGGACAACUAUCCGGCGGCCUCGUCGCAGCAGCACCAGGAGCAAGAGCAGGAGCAGGAGCAGGAUCACGAGCAGGAGCAGGCUCUCUACUAUGCCGAACAGUUUCAGGAGGAGACCAGCACUCUUGUGUACAGCAGCACCACCACAGAGCUGCCCGUUAGCACCACCACAACAGAGGCGCCAAGGGCUCCGCCAGCGCCUGUCCUGGAGCUGAACAAUCAUCUGGCGGUAGGGCAGACCUACAGCCGGGGCAGGGAGACGCCCAAGCGGUUGCUGGACUCACCCAUCAACCAUAUUGGCGGACGACCCUUCACCCGCGACCCCGCCGAUCUGAGUUUCCGCCUAAGCCAGGUGUACACGCCCACGCAGCCGCCCACGCCCACCUCCACGUAUGGAGCCAUCGAUGCCAGUGGCCAGUUUGCAGGCAUGGCGCCGCCCAGACCCCAGCAGGUGAUCAUACCCUAUACCACCAAGCAGCAGCCGCGUCCUUUUGAGAGCUGGCGGCCAAGCAAGCAGCUGGGUCACCAGGGUCACCAGGGACACCAUCGGCAGCAGCCCAACGACCUGGAAGAGGAGCCGCACGAGCAGCAAGAGUCCAAACUGGCCACCGCCACGGUGACGGCGCCUCCAUUUGCGCCCAACUCCAGCCGCACCACCACAUACCUCACCAAAAUCCUGGCCAGCAAUCUGCGGGAGUUGCUCAAGCGGGAAAGGGCCACCCGGCGGCCGCCCAAUCACAUCAUCUCCGGUGUGGACAUCUCCCAGCUGCAGCACAACAUCGACGGCUGGACGGAGCAGGAGUACAACUCGUUGUCUCAUCGCCCCAGCACGCCCACCAUCCGAGGGAGGUCCAAGCACAUACCUUCGGAGUAUCUGACCACCACGACGACCACCACGCCGGCGCCGAGUUUGGCGUUCCAGAGCCGCCAAUCGAAGACCACGCGCGGCGAGGGUUUCGAGCUGGGCGCGGCUGCUCCGCCCACAGAUGCCGGUGACCUGUCCACCUCCAUCAAUAACCUGGAGCAUCUGCAUCUGCUGGGCGAGCGGGGAUCGAAGCGCUUUCAGCCCAUCGAGGACAAUCGUCUGCCCUUAGAUUACUAUGAUGCUCAACAGCGGCCGCGUUCUACGCCGGCUAUGACCAGUCCAAGCCCGAGUCCGAGACCCAGCACCACAACCACCACAACAACGGAGGUGACGCCACUCUAUGUGCGCAGCACUCCGGCACCCAAGGAGCCCUGGAAUCCCGCCCAGGUGGCCAUUCUGCCGCAGACCAACGAGAAGGUCUAUGUGGUGACACCUCAGCCCAGGCACCAGUAUCAUCACCAUCACCAAGUGGCGGAGGAUCAUCACGAGGAAUCCGCCUCGGCGCCUAGGCCUGUUUACCAGACGCCAGCGCCUCGGUUUCCACGGAUGCGACCCACACCAGCUGGCGAAGUGAAGGGAGCAACGCCCACCAGCUCCUCACAGCUGCGCAACUAUACGCCGGACAUUUUCGGCUUGAUGGGACUGUCCGCCUAUGUGCCCGGGGAGCCAGUGGAAAUAAUCGAUGGAAAUUCCAAAGUCCACACGAUCGUGACGGCAGCGCCAACGGCAGCUGCCCUCCAGCGACCAACAGCGAAGCCCACAAUGUCGCCCUCGCCGAGAUAGAGGCCACUAGAGGUCACGAGAGGUUACGUUGUAACCAUCCCCCGCCUGUUGUAAUAUAAUUUCCCCCCCUCACAACCUCCAGCUACAUGAGCCCUAGAGUAAUAUGUAUAUGUUUGUAGAGAGAGAGCAGAGUCCUCGAAAGAGUUAUACUUUAAGAGAUACCCGAAUCAGAGUUAGAGUAUUCUUGCAUUUGGUAGCUUUAUAAACACAUAGAAAAGGACGAGGACAAGGAUCGAGGAGGAGGAACCGAUCCGAAAGAUGACCAAAGGAGUGGAAAUUCCCAUAGUUUAUAUUGGCGCAACGACUCUGUGUGUUUCUAACUAUCUUUUUUUUUUUUUGUUUGUUUAGAACUUUCUGUGUUUCAUAUUUGUGGCUAACCCUCUCCUUGCUAGCUGUAAUUUUAAUUAAUGUAAAAUAUAUAUAUAUAAAUAUAUAUAUAUAUUAAUAUCUACAUUUUUAUAAAGCGAAUUUUAUAAGCAAUGUAAGUGAACAAAAUAAAAUAUAGCAAAAACGAACAACAAAAGAACAACAACAAAGUCAUUUAAAUGUAUCCUACUUUGUAAGUACGAUUGAAUACCAAUAAAUAUCCUC